CCCGCCGGCCUAGACGGGGGGCGGGACCUCGCAGAAGAAGCUGCUGACGCGAUGUUGCAGCCCGUGGUACGGCUGGUGCGGCUAAAUCGGCUGCCCUACGCCGAGCUGCUGGCCCUGCAGGAGCGCUGGUUGCGACGGCUGCAGGCCGAACCAGGCAGUGAGGCCCUGUCGGCGGCUGAGGCGGGCGCGCUCCUGCUCUGCGAGCCCGCGGGGCCCGUAUACACAUCUGGGCUGCGCGGCGGCCUGACGCCGGAGGAAACGGCGCGGCUGCGGGCCUUGGGCGCCGAGGUACGCGCCACAGGCCGCGGUGGCCUGGCCACUUUCCAUGGGCCGGGCCAGCUGCUCUGCCACUCGGUGCUAGAUCUGCGACGCCUGGGCCUGCGCCUGCGCACCCACGUGGCUGCGCUGGAGUCGUGCGCGGUGCGCGUGUGCGAGCUCCAGGGCUUGCACGGAGCCCGCGCGCGGCCCCCACCCUACACCGGCGUCUGGCUGGGGGAGCGCAAAGUCUGCGCGAUCGGAGUCCGCUGUGGAAGGCACAUCACGUCCCACGGCCUGGCUUUGAACUGUUCUACAGACCUCGUGUGGUUUGAGCACAUCGUCCCCUGCGGGCUGGUUGGGACAGGCGUCACCUCUCUGAGUGAGGAACUCCAAAGGCACGUCAGUGUGGAUGAAGUAAUACCACCUUUCCUUGAGGCCUUUAGGGAGACCUACAAAUGCACAUUUAUCUCAGAGGACAGCCCCAACUAAAGGAUGUUCAUGUUAUCACAGCUGGGAGGUUGUGCUUGAAAAGCACCAAGCCUGACUUGGAGUCACGGAAACCCAGAUUCUAGACCUGGCCCUGUCAUUCACUCACCAUGAGACUAUGAACAAAUUAUGAGCCCUUAGCAUUGUUUCCAUAUGUGUACUGGUUUAUUUAUGUCUUCUCAUCUACCUCAGAUAUAGUAGAUUUGAAAACAUUCUGAAAAGCAACACAUGCUAUAUAAAUGUAAGACAUUAGCACUGCUAUUGACAUCAUUUUCUCAGCUUAGAGAAACUCAGACGUAAUCAGUUCUCAAAUAUUUAUUGCUUCCUAAAUACUGUAUUUAAUUGGACAAUUCUGAGAUCCAGUUCCUUUGACUUUAUAGGAAUCAUACCUCUGGAUAGCCCAGGUGAAGGUAAUGUGGUGGGGUGCUUUUUCAUUCUCAAGAGAUCUAGGUGCUUUCUACAAUGGAAGGAAAAAAGGGAAGGGAUCUUUAAAGAACAAAAUGAGAUUUUUGCCUUCCUGGGUUGGAUUCUCCAAGCCCAAUAGCUAUUUUUAGUUAGGUAACCUGAGCUAGACCAGAGCCAGGGAAAAGACCAGAGUAAUAUCUUACAUUAUACAAAUGUCAAAGGUAGAAGUAAGUUUUCCUUAAGUGAGAUCCCUCAAUUUAUAAAGCUGUGUAAUUAUUCAUUGCUAUGCAACAAAUCACCCCAAAAUGUAAUGGCUUAAAACCAUAAACAUUGUCUCAUAUA